UACAUCUUUAUUUACCUGAUGAAUAUCUUCCCUCACCCCUUCUCCCCUGGCGGAGAAUGGGGUGCCAUUUUGUGGUUUGCCUCAGGUGCCUAAAUGUCUUGGACCGGCCCUGCUCUUUUAUAUGAGUUGAGUUUCACAUUCAUUCCUGUAUGGAAAGCUAUGAAUCACAUCACUGCAUUUUUUUAAUAUUGAAUAGUAAAUUGUGUGUGCUGUCAGGGCAAUGCCCUUGGUGCUCCAGAGUUUUUACCAUGGAUCUGGACCCUACAGUUCUUUUAGCAUGCUACUUCCACCCUUAACAAACAAGCAGAAGCCAUGCCUUGCAUGUCUUUGUGUUGAUAUUCUCCUGCCUGUAAAUAUCAAUCCUCUGUGCUUCUCCCUCCCCCCACAAAGAAACAUGAAUACUGUUUUUGUUGCCUUUUGUAGCUUGAUUUCUGUAACUGGAUCUUGCUCUCUGGAGUCUCUAUUAUGCCUGCUGCUAAACUGCUCCUUUGAUGGGAGAGGCUUCUAGUUACCAAAUUCCCCAAAACCUUCACUGAGAUGUGAACAUCUAUAUAUAUCGGCCUCCCAACUUUAUUUUGGAAGGCAGGCUGUUAAAGAUGUUACACUGGUUCUGCCUUCUGCUGCAACAUUUCUCUACAUCCAUGGAAAGUUACCAAAUACUCUUGUGCUAACAGACAACAGAGAGAUGCAGGUAGCUGAGCAAAAGAGGGACCAGGUAUAGAGUUCAGCAACAGCAGGCAACAGAAACCUAUUGGAUUUGAGAUGAAAACAAGAUAUUGGUCUCAUUUUGACUGCAAUCCUGUUUGGCACCUCUCAGGUGUGCACCAUUGCCAUUAUAAAAGAACAAAGGAGGCGUUCAUGCAUCUGCAGAUCUGCGUGUGGAAUUCUGAUACCUUCAAACUGAGCAUUGAUACUUGCUGAUUUGAUGACAUUGUGCAAGAUGAGAGAUGCAAAAUAGGCAAUUAUAAGAACCUUAUGCUUUGAUGUGCAACAAACAGCAUGCCGUUCCUCUGUCAAAUGUUGGCUGCAGCUUUUGUUCAGCUCUUCAUAGUCUCCAAUAGUUGGAUUCUAGCCAAGAACAUCAACUUCCAUAAUGUGAGACUUCCAGUAGACCCUACUCCAUUUCCAAGCAGCUUCAAGUGUUUUACAUGUGACAAUGUGGUUGACAAUUACAACUGUAACAGAUGGGCUGAAGACAAAUGGUGCCCUCAGAACACAGAGUACUGCUUGACAGUCCAUCACUUCACCAGUCAUGGAAGGAGCACCUCUGUCACUAAAAAAUGUGCUACCAGAGAAGAGUGCCGUUUUGUUGGAUGUCGCCACCACAGGGAAACUAGUCACACUGAAUGCACCUCUUGCUGUGAAGGGAUGAUCUGCAAUGUAGACAUACCAACAAAUCAUACUAAUGCGGUAUUUGCAGUUGUCCAUGCUCGGAGGACGUCGGGCAGCAGCCGACAGGCUGCUAGUAUCCUGUUGCUGGUUUCAAUCACCACCAUUUUUGUUUUGUGACAUGACUCUUUCUGUCAAGCAGACUUAAUUUGUCACUUGGAGCUAUAUGAAGACCGUCUCUCAGAUGGUGGCCAGUGCUACUUUUCUAGAAAAAGAGGUGCCAGAACUCACCUUGAAUGCCUCCCUCGUCCUCUUAGAAGGGCAAUGGCACCCACAUGAGAUGGUAACAAAAGAAGAAUCCUCUGACAUCUACUAAACAAAGAAAAAAUAUAGAAUGGUGCUGUGUUCUGUUGUUUUUGAAGAGUGCUGCUUUUACGGUGAAGACACCAGCAGAUGCUUGUUCAAAGUAUUAAAAAGACCAAACACGAUGACCAAAUGUUGUAUUGACUUGGCUAGUUACUGGAAUUCUAGUAAGUGGAAGAGUUUCUGGUUGAUAGGAGAAUUUGUACAUUUUGCAUAUUAUCUUAAUAAGGAAUUGUUCUUUUUUUUCUCUGAUACGGAGGUUAAGCAUUGAACCCUCAUGUCUAUUUCCCUCCCUAAUAUCACUUUUAAGAAUAAAUAGUCAAUUUGAUGAAGAUGAGUCUUUAAAACGGAUGGAACAGUGUGGCAUCUGCUAAAACAUCCUAUUUAUUGGGACAUCAAGCCAUACCACAGCAAUAAAAUGUGAAUUACACGGUUUUUCUCUUGCUACAUCAGUUCUUCAAUAAUAAACUAUAGAAAAUUCAUGGAGGAAUCUAUGUAAUUACAGAUAGGUAUCAGUGCUCAAUACAAACGUCUCUGCGUGAGGCUGGAAAAGACUCUUGUCCGAAAUCUCAGAGAGCAGUUGCUGAUCAGUGUAGACAGUUACUGAGCUAGAUGGACCAAGGUCUGACUCAGUUUACUAGGUUUCUUCUUGCAACUAUGGUUUGGAAAUUCAGAUAUCAUAGUCAGCACAAACCUUGGUUUUGCAAGCCUAUUUCUAAUUAUAGUUUGCUAACUAAUUACAACCCAUGGCAUCUCUAAUUUUCUUUCGUGGAUCAGUGUCUUUCACCACGAUGCCUGAAUUAUAAAGUGGGGUGUUUUUUGGGUGGGGACAGGUGCCUGAGUCUAAGGCAGUGUGUGGAAAUUCUGGACCCCUUCACAGCCCAGAAAAAAGCACCUAAAGCCUUUAGUUUAGAUCCUGCCACUAGUUCAGCACAAUAGUCAAGAAGAAGACAAAGGGGAAACUCUAGUGUAUGCGUGGAAACAGUUUGCAUGUGGCCAAUGAACCCACACUAGAUGGAGGCCACCAGUAUCCAUUAGCAUUACAAACAGCGUAUGAAUUACUUGGAAACCUAUACAGCUCGUGAGAAAGCGUUUAAUACACCUGAAAUUUUGUAGCUUAGCAAAACCUGUUGUGCUCUUCCCCCUACCCCCAAUUGUUUUCAAUGUGUGUAACUUGUCUGGAUCUUGUUCAUCGUGACCUUACAGAAAAUAAUUAGCAAUAUUAUACAGUGGAAACCAAACAAAACCCCGAGGUCCUGUAGGUCAUUCCUCAUCAGUGCACAAUAGUUUCCUCUUGUAAAAUUUGCCUUCAUGGUUCCUCCCCCUCCUCCUUUUGGAGGGGGGCGGCUUUAUUCAGUCACCCUGUGGAUUUUGAAUGUGUUCUUAGCAGCCAUCCAAUAUCUAUAGGCAGAUGAAAUGUUGCAGUUAGGAAUCCAGCCUUCAAAUCCCUGCUCAGCUACUGACUUGCAGGCAGGUCAGUUUGUGGGAACAUCCUUUCCCUACAUAACAAAUACAUCCUACCUCACAGGGUUGUUGUGAGGAUGAGAAAAAUAAAGACAUGAUUUGGUCCUUCUUGGAAUGAA